AUGGAUAAAAAGACACGUAACAAACAUCCCUCGUUACCAGUGCCGGGUUCCUCUAAUAAGGUUCCCAACGCUCCAUUACAUGAAGAAGUAGGAGAGCCACCAAAAAGGUCUUGGAGAAAUCGAUGUUGCCGCUAUAUGUACGAUAGAAACACGAAAAAGUUCUGCGGCAGAACAUGCAAGAGCUGGUUAUACAUUUUAGUGUACACAGUGAUGUAUUUAAUAUUUCUGAGCACUUACACACUGAUUUUCCUGUACGGUUCACUAUUGGUAAUAAAAUACUUGGACGCUUAUCAAAUGGUAGAGAAAACGGAUCUAUUGACGUAUGCGGCUGAUGGUAUUGGGUUAUCAGCGACGCCGACAUCUUUAAACGCCAUGCCACUGAUUUGGUACAGAAACGAGCAGCAAGAAUAUCAAAAAUACGUCAAGAGUCUGGAGAGUUUACUCAGUAAGAGAAGAAAAAGGGAAGUUGAUAGCUUUCCCGAUUUAGGACCCUGCGGAGAGGCUCCGUUCGGUUACGGAAAUAGUCCUUGUGUAAUUAUAAGGAUAAACAAACAGCUGAAAUGGUCAGCUAAGCCUUUGAACGCAAAUUCUUCGAGAAUGGAUAUCCCAAUGAAUGUGCGGCAUUGGUUGAAGUUAGAGAAACAGAGACUUUGGCUGCAUUGUGACGGUUAUCAUUCAUAUGAUAAAGAACAUAUUGGGAAGAUAAAAUAUUAUCCGGAUCCUCCCGGAUUCGAUCCCAAUUCUUUUCCUUUGGACAAAAACAGUCAUUCGCCUUUGAUAGCGGUACAAAUUUCCGAAUUCACUUUAGGCGUAUCAUUGGCUGUUCAGUGCAAACUGUAUUACGAAGGUGGUUCCUCAACAAAGGAGUUUUUAUUGUAUGUAACACCCAAAAGAAAAUAAGUAAUGCAGGG